UCCUGAAAUCCAGUUACUUACAAUCUAAAAACACAAAUAGCGAGUUUAGGAAUUAUGGAUCCAUUUUAUGAAGCUCUCAGCCUAUUUCAAAGACAGAAAUAUGAAGAAUGCUCAGAAAAAUGCACAGAACUACUAGAAAAGAAUUCUAGAGAUCAGGCAAUUUGGACACUGAAGAUGAGAGCCAUGACAUCACAGAUCAUGGUAGAUGACAUAGAAGCUGAAGAAGAAGGAAUUGCUGAGACUCUUCUAGACAUGGACACAAUAGCUCAAGCCCCACGACCAGGAACUUCCCUAAAAACGUCAGUGAACCCUCACAGCUCUGGUCAAGGGUUUCGACCGAGAGGCGAUACUGGUCGCCCAGUGAGUGGUGUGGUACGUCCCAGCACACAGUGUGGCCGUGCAUCUAGUCUGGAAGCUGCCCUGCGUACGCCGCGCACUGCUCGCUCAGCUCGCCCCUCCACCUCUCAGAGUGCCCGCACUGUCAGACUUGGCACUGCCUCCAUGGUGUCACAGCCAGAUGGACCAUUUAUACAGGUGGCAAGACUGCAUUUACCGAAAUAUGCCGCUGAUGAUAAGUUAGCAAAACCUUUAUUUCAAUACAUUUUCUACCAUGAGAAUGAUGUUAGAAAUGCCCUGGAUCUGGCUGUUGAGGCUACGAAGGCAGUUCAGUUCAAAGAUUGGUGGUGGAAGCUUCAGCUAGCGAAGUGUUACUUCCUGCUGGGUCUCAUACGAGAUGCAGAGCAACAGCUUCGAUCAGCACUCAAACAACAUCCCACAGUAGAAGGGUUCUUAAGAAUUGCUCGAGUGUAUAUCCGGCUUGACCAACCUCUUAGUGCUGUUGAAAUCUGCCGGUCAGGCCUGCAAGUGUUCCCCCACGAAGUUACUCUAAUGACAGAGAUUGCGAGAGUCCUUGAAGGUCUGAACAGCAUACCUGCAUCUGUAAAAUACUACAAAGAGAUUCUGCAGAAGGACGCAACCAACAUUGAAGGCAUUGCUUGUAUUGCAGUCAAUCAUUUCUAUAAUGAUCAACCUGAAGUUGCUCUAAGGUUUUAUAGGAGACUGCUCCAGAUGGGUUUAUACAACACAGAGCUGUUCAACAACCUUGGUCUUUGCUGCUUCUAUUCCCAACAAUACGAUAUGACCAUUAGUUGUUUCGAGCGAGCUCUUGGUCUGGCUGUAGACGAGGCUGCGGCUGAUGUGUGGUACAACAUUGCCAACGUUGCAAUCGCACUGGGAGAUCUGAAGUUGGCUUCUCAGUGUUUACGACUAGCUCUCUCAGUAGACUCCAACCACGCACCGGCCUACAACAAUCUGGGUGUGCUGGAGCAUCGACGAGGCAAUGUCACUCAGGCACGGUCAUAUUUUCAAGCAGCAGGGGCCCUUGCUCCCUACUUAUACGAGCCCUUUUACAACAGUGCUGUCAUUGACAACGCAAUUGGAGAUCUUCAGUCGAGCUAUGUUGCUGUCCAAAAAGCUCUUCAGGCGUAUCCUGCCCAUAAAAGUUCUAAUGAAUUGCUUAAAGACUUGAAAAAGCUUUUUAAUAACAUUUAGUCAUGUAGUGGUGUUAAAAAAAAUUACUGUUAAUACUGGACCAAA